AUGACGAGGUACUUGGCCCGAAUACUGCGUCUGGCGGGCGAUACUAGGUACCUCGCCAUGUCCGAGUUUUUUCCCGUCCUACUCCUUCGUUACUCUACUUGCCCUUCGUAA